ACAAAUGCACGAGCCGUCUGAAAAUGUUGGUUUUCAGUUCAUUCACUCUCCUAGUGAUUUUUCUGCCCGGUUUCUUGGAGGGAGUUCGCAUCCUCGCCUUGUUUCCCAUACCGAGUCACUCGCAUUAUUACCACGCCUUACCCUAUCUGAAAAAUUUGGCCUCUUUGGGUCAUGAAAUAACCUCUGUGAGCCCGUUUCCAUCGAAAGAACCUAUGAAUAAUAUAAAAGACGUUCCUGUUCCAGAACUGUUUGACAAUAUUGACGAUAUGAUUAAACAUCUUUCGACGCCCUUAAACAGUUGGGAUUAUUCUGAAUAUAUAAACAAUUACAAUCUUAACCUCGUAAAGUUAGUGCUGAACAAUGACGGAGUUCGUCGAGAAGUACUUAAGCCAGGAAAAGCUCAGUUUGAUUUAAUAAUUGUGGAUCUUUGGCGGCUCGAUGCUCUCUAUGGUUUGGCGGCCUAUUUUGAUGCCCCAAUAAUUGGAAUAGCUUCCUACGGCACUGAAUUGAAGAUCGACGAAUUGGUGGGCAAUACAUCUCCGAUUUCUUACCUCCAUUCUCCGUCUUUUACCAGCUACGAUUUGGAGACCUAUGGAGGACGUUUGGGUCACUUUGUGCAACAAUCUAUUUUUUGGAUUAACUGGCGUUGGCGGCAUGAGCCAAAUCAUGAGGCGCUCUACAGAAAGUAUUUCCCGAAAAUAGCUGAUAAGCAACCACUGUCUGAGAUUACUCGAAACUUUGCUUUGGUUUUGGUAAAUCAACACUUUACGUUGGCUCAACCAAGGCCAUAUGCCCCGAACAUGAUCGAAGUGGGUGGUAUGCACAUUAAUCAACAACCCCAAGCCUUACCCAAGGAUUUUGAGGACUUUAUCCAAGAUGCUGGUGAGCAUGGAGCAAUUUAUUUUUCUCUAGGCACCAAUGUUAGGGCCAAAAAUCUGACAGAGGAUCGUAAGAAAGUUUUAAUUGAAACAUUUGCAAGCCUGCCACAGCGUGUCCUGUGGAAAUUUGAGGAUGAGAAUUUGCCGGAUAAGCCCCCAAAUGUUUUCAUUAGUAAGUGGUUUCCGCAGCAGGAUAUCCUGGCCCAUCCAAAAGUUAAGCUGUUUAUAACCCACGGAGGAUUGCAAAGCACCGUCGAAUGCAUUCACCAUGGCAAACCCAUGUUGGGACUGCCCUUCUUUUUCGAUCAGUUCCGCAAUAUGGAACAUAUCAAAAAACAGGGCCAAGGAUUGGUUCUGAACUAUAAGAAUAUGACAAGCGAGGAGUUCAGGUCGACUAUCAUCCAGUUGCUGACUGAGAAGAGUUUCGACAUAGCGGCUAGAACAGCAGCAGCUCGAUAUCGGGAUCAACCCAUGAAUCCUUUGGAAACGGCUGUCUGGUGGACUCACUACGUCCUGCGACACAAGGGUGCAUCCCAUAUGCGAGUGGCUGGAAGAGAAUUAAACUUCUUCAUCUUUCACAGUCUGGAUGUCUUGGGCACUUUUCUUGUAGCCUUUCUGGUUAUUCUUGCAGCUCUUGUCCUUUGUGUCGUUACGAUUUGCAGGAUGAUCCUAAGACGUGGAGUCGAUAAAGGAAAACAAAAACAGAAAGUUCAGUAA